GUUCCUCUCGGAGUUUCUCUGGUCUUUCCUGCCGGCCGGGCCAUGUGCGUCCGCGCUGAGGCUCUCGCUCAGCCCGGCACGCGAGUCGCCCCCCGACGCUUGAAUCCCAACCGCCGCCGCUCGGGCAGCCUCAGUCUCUCUCGGCCAGGCGGAGAGAGCGGUCAGACAGGGAGUCCCGCCGCACUUGGCCCGCAGCCGUCCACCCGUCUUACCGUACAGCCGCCGAGCGGGCUUACUGCCGUGACUUCGGGAUACUUUUAUUUCAUUUACCGUUGAGAAACCACCGCCUCCGGCAAUGACCGAAGAGCUUGAACACAUCCUCUCCCAGCUCACCGAGCCGGACAACGCCGUCAUCCGACAGGUACAGCGCCGGCCCCCGCCCGGUUGUUCCUCCACACAACUUAAAUUUAACCACGCGCUCACGGGCUCCUCUCGUCUCGUCUCGUCUCUCCGCCAGGUCCGGCAGUCCGCCUCGGUGAUGCUGAGGAUGAGGGUGAGCAAGCACUGGAAGAAGAUCGACCCGGAGCACAGGGAAAGCCUGAAGUCUGUGGUCCUGCAAGCUUUCCAGCAGGAGACAGAGCACAAAGUGCGUCACUCUCUGUCCCAGCUGGCUGCCGUCCUGGUGAAGCACGAGACCCCCGACCGCUGGCCCGCCCUCCUCGCUCUGCUUAACCAGUCAACGAAGAGCAACAACCCGCAGGACAGACAGGUGGGCCUGCUGUUGCUCAGCAAGGUAGUGGAGUCGAACCCGGAGCCGUUCAAGCCGCACUACCGGCAGCUGCUGCAGCUCUUCCACAGCACCCUGCAGGACCUGGCCAACCCCACGGCGCUGUACUACAGCAUCCAGACGCUGACCGCCAUGAGCGCCUACACCGGCACGCAGGAGCUGAACCUCAUGAGGUCCAUUGUCCCCAAGCUGAUUGUGGCCAUUCAGGAGCUGAUCAAGACUGACCAGUCCCAGGCCAGCGAGGCGAUGGAGGUGUUUGACGAGCUGAUGGAGAGCGAGGUGACAGUGAUUUAAACUGUGUGUUGGCAGGUGAGUGCGGACUCGACCCUCAGCGACUCAGUGCGUGUGAAGGCUCUGUCCUGCAUCGCCUUUCUUAUCAGGCUGAAGAGCAAGACCGUGCUGAAGCAGAAACUGCUGGCCCCGAUCCUGCAGACCGUGUUCCCCGUGCUGAGCGCGGCGCCCCCUCCUGGCCAGGAGGACCCCGAGGACGAGGAGCAUGACAAUGAGGAGCUGGGGGAAGAGAGCGAGACGCCCAAACACUACGCCGCCCAGGUCAUCGACACCCUCGCUCUCCACCUGCCUCCCGAGAAGCUCUUCGGCCAGCUGACUCCCCUGACGCAGGCGGCUCUGGUCAGCGAGAACCCAUACCAGAGGAAGGCCGGCCUGAUGUGCCUGGCCGUGCUGGCGGAGGGCUGCGCCGACCACAUCCGCACCAAGUACAGCCUGUUCUCGGCAGUGUCUACAGUCUGCCCGGAGUGCCUUACUCCUCACCUGUCCUCCAUCACCACCCUGAUGCUGAUGUCUCUGAAGUCCACUGAGGGCGUCACUGCUCACCUGGAUGAGGAGCAUCGGUCAUUUCUGCUCCUGGACGAGGAAGACGAAGAUGACGACGAAGAGAAAGAGGUGGUCGUGGAGGACGAGAGUGGACGAGACAGCGAGGGAGAGGAGAGAGACAUUGCUGGGUUCAGUGUGGAAAACGCCUAUAUCGAUGAGAAGGAGGAUGCCUGCGAUGCUCUGGGGGAGAUCGCCUACAACACAGGCUCUGCCUUCCUGCCCUUCCUGGAGUCCAGCUUCCAGCAGGUGUUCGAGCUGCAUGACUCACGCGUUGACCUGGGCGGGGGGCUGCUGACUGCGCUGUGCUGCCGCCCUGUGUUCCAGGCAGAGUAUGACGCCAUGCUGCAGGAGUUCGCUGGCGAGGGUAUUCCCCUCCUCGCAGCCGCUGUGCCAGGAGAGACCUUCUCCCCCUACCUGAACGAGCUGCUGCCCCUGCUGAUCAACAAGACUAAGCCCUCCUGCACGGUGGCUGACCGCUCCUUCUCUCUGGGCACGCUGGCCGAGAUCCUGCAGGCACUCGGGGGGGUGUCGGGUGGCGCGCCCGUCGCCGUCCAGCUGGCCAGUCGACUGCUGCCAGCUGUCUGCACACUGAGCUGUAGGGAGUGUGAGUGGGAGAGGUGCAGUUCCACUGUGCUCAGGGUGGGGGCGCUAGCUCAGGCCUGCGGGCCUGCCCUCUCACAAGACUACCCCGCCAUGCUGGCGCUGUUCUCCUCCCUGCUGUCCCGGGAGUCUGACCGCAGGGUGAUCGACAACCUGUGUGCCGCGCUGAGCCGCAUGAUCCUGGCCAACACCGAGUGCGUCCCGCUGGAGCAGGUGCUCCCCGCCGUGCUGUCAUGUCUCCCCCUGAAGGAGGACCUGGAGGAGAACAGCACCGUGUUCAGCUGCCUGGCCUUCCUCUACACCCACACACAGCCGCUGGUUGUGGGACACCUGAAGCCAGUGGUGUCUGCAGUCAGUCAGGUCCUGGGAACCAAAGAACUCAAGCCUGGUGAGGCGUCAUCUGUUGUUCCAGACUAA